CAGACGAAAUUUAAGCUUCACUCAUUUUCUUUCUCUUAUUUUUUUUCCUCAUCCAACUCGAUUCAAAAAUAAUUUUAUACAACUCGGUGCUCACUUUCACUUCUUCCCCUGCCGGCAGGCCUGUUUGUCAAGGUUUUCUUUUUCUACUUCUUCAAAACUGAAAAAAAGGUUUUUAGGCCGCAGCAGCAGCAACAAUUUGCUCUUUGCAUUCAUACAGAAAUGAAAAACGAAUGCUCCAAUCACUAUUGGGAAGAAGAAAAAAAAGUCCAUCAGUUAGUGUAGUAAGGGGACGACAUAGAUAAUGCGCUUAAUUGCCUGAUUAGAUCGAAUCUUUCGCCGCCUAGUUCACCCCAAGGUUCAAAAAUCGUCACCACGUGAUUGUUCAUGGGACCUCGUGUUUUCAGUUUUGUGAACUUAGCGUAAGAAGUCUUGUCCGAAUUUUCGUCUGGAUGUAGCUGGAAUUUUCGAAACUGUUUUGCGCUGCUUGUUUUGGCUGUGCGUGAAAUGGGAAGCAUGUUUUUUCAAGAAAGCUUCACCAGUAGCGUUGAUUUUCCAACUUACAUACCGUGGCAAACUUUAUCUUCGGAUCUUUCGGACAAAUUAAAGCAUGGAUCGAUCCGAAUUAAUCGGAGCAAUAGAGUCGAAUAUGCCACCAUACAAGAGGAAGGCACGCCUUUACUCGAGAACGGAACCCGUAAGGGUGAUGGACCCAUUACUGAUGGUUCAAUUGUUACAGAAGCAGUCAAAGGAGGUACCAGCUGGCCUGUCGCCUCUUUUCUUCUGGUCAAUGCCGCCCUCGGAGCCGGUGUCCUCAAUUACCCUUAUGCUUACGAUAAAGCGGGAGGAGUAUAUUUCGCUGCAUUUUUACAAGUCAUUAUGAUGUUCAUUUUAAUCUGCACUAUGUUAGUGCUGGUGCACAGCGCUGACGUAAACCGUGACACCACGUACCACGACGUCCUAUUGUCUUUAUGUGGCAGGAGAGCGCAGCAGUGUGCCGCUGUUUCAAUUCUCCUAACAUGCUACGGAAUAUGUAUCACUUUUUUAAUCAUCAUCGGAGAUCAAUACGAUAGAUUGUUUUUGUCAUUAUUUGAAAAAGAAUUUUGCAUCAGUUGGUAUUUGGAUCGGCGUUUCACCAUAGCAAUUACGGCUUUUAUUUUCAUUCUGCCCAUGUGUUACUUCCAAAGGUUGGAUUUUCUAAGAUAUGCCAGCACUCUUGGAAUAUUUGCGAUGUUGUAUCCUGUCUUCCUCACAGUUUAUGAAUAUUACAAAUUAGGCGCAACGCAGGCUGGAAAAGUGAAAGUCUUCCCAGAUAGUGCAGUGCAAGUUUUUGUUGUUAUACCAGUCUUUUCCUUUGCAUAUCAGACUCAUGAAAUUGUUGUUCCUGUGUAUGCUUGCAUGAAAGAAAGAAACAUACGAAAUUUUACAAAGGCAACAUUUUUGGCCAUGGGAAUCCUGUUCUUCAUCUAUUGCAUGGCUGGAAGUUUUGGUUACGUAACCUUCGGCAGCAAUAUUGCUCCUGACAUUAUGGAACAGUACAAUGCAAGAGAUCCCAUUGUGCUAGUAGGGAUAGGAGCACUGGUGAUAAAAAUGAUUACUACAUAUCCUCAGCUUGUUCUUUGUGGCAGAGGAGCUUUGGAUGGUUUGUAUGCUGAAUUUGCCAACCUCACCACUGAUCAGUUCAUCAAGGGAGAAUUCAAAAGAAGAAUUGUAGUCACAUCCCUCUGGUUCUGUACCACAGUUCUGUUGGCUGUUCUUGCACCGAACAUUGGAGUCGUCAUAGAGCUUUUAGGAUGUCUGGCAUCUGUCAACAUUUUUAUAUUUCCCGGUUUGUGUUUAAUAGCAUUGUGCUUCCGAAGUGAUGAGUAUUUGGAGAACUGGAAAAGCCAGGCAAAAGUAGCUGUAGCAUGUGCCAUGAUAGCAUUUGGAACAUUUGUCUUUGGUGUUGUCUUCACGAAAGUGAUUAUGUACGAUAUGAUGAGCCACGGCAGCCCUAGCCCCGCCCCUUCUCAUUUCAAGUGCAGCUGAUGAUGAGUGUAAUGUCUUUUACUUCAACACAUUUUGUGUCCAAAAAAUUCCUUCUAGGCAUAGUGAUUUGUCUUAAGAUAGAACUUCAACUAGGGUGUUUAUUGCCAGCAAAGAGUUCAUAACAUUUCAGAUGACAUCAUUUAGUUGCUAACCACAAGACUUUUAGAACAGUAAUUAAGAAUAAAGUACUGUGCCAACAAAAUUUGAUUUAAAAACAUCAAACCUGUGCCAUAUGAGGAACUCCGAUCUUCUCAUAUCAAAUACAGCAAAAAAUAUAAAUAAAUAAUACAAUAUUAAAACAAUGUCAAAAAUGUAUAAAUGAAUUUGCAAAGUCUCCACAUUUCUAAUGCAAAUUCUGCAUACCUACAUACUAUUACUAAGAAUAAGAUAAUAGUUUUAUUAUUGUGUAGUGUUCUACCAGGAAGAAUCAUUACUUUUGUACUGAAUUCGGUUGCAAGUAAAUGUGUAACAAAUCCACGUCAAGUGUAAUAUUGAUAUUAGAUAUUCUCCAAGGUUUAAUUCAAAAAUAUAUUUAAGAUAAUACCGUUAUUGUAGCAUCUAUGUAUUCAUUGCAAUCGAAAUAGGAAUAGUACUUUCCUUAUGUAAUAAUAAUAUGGUGAAAAUGAACUAAAAUUUUUAUUAUGAAUUUCCAUACAAAAAUUUGCACAGGUUCAAUGACAGUUGGUUUUGCUUUAAAAUUCUUUUUCCAAUUUUAAAAACUGGCGAUUUGAAGAACUACAAUUAACAAAAAACUAUGCCAAAAUUGUUAAGUUUGUGCCAUAAUUAAGUCUUUUACCAUAGACUCUUUUUUAUAAUUAAAAACGUUAUGGUUUGAAUGUUUUUCAGACAAGUACAAGUUUAUUAGAGUAGUUCAAGAAAUGAGAUCUUUUUUUAAAGGGUUGCACAGUCGUCCUCGGGGGCUACACUUAAGAGACAUGGCGAUUGGUAAAGUUGUGUUUUUAAAAAAGAAUGGUUAAAUUUUAAAGGAUGUUUUGAAAAAUGCCAAUUUUAUAUGAUAAAUUGUCAAUCAAAGGCAUUUCAAAACUUAACAUUUGUACUUGUCAGUGAUUUCCUUAAUUUAGUUUUAUUUAAAAAAUAUUUUAUGUAAGGACAUUGAUGUUUUGAAAUAUUUGCUUUCUGUCUGAUUUUAUUAUAUUAAUGAAUUCGCUGAGGAUUAUGAUUUUAUGUCUGAACUUUCAU